AUGGCCCAAGCAACUGCAGAUACCAAGAGCCCCGGGCUGGCCACAGACGCUCAUGUAAAAUAUGUCCUCACUUUGGAUACCAAAACCGACGAGUUGGACUACUGGAUGACAGAGCACUUGCGGCUGAACGGCGCAUACUGGGGCCUGUGUGCACUCCAUUUUCUCAGCCAUCCUGAAGCCCUUCCGCGCAAGGAGACUAUUGACUUUGUGCUGUCUUGCCAGCACGACAAUGGCGGCUUUGGAGCCGCCCCUGGCCACGAUGCGCAUAUCCUCUCUACUGUAAGUGCAGUACAGAUUCUCGCCAUGGUUGACGGCUUCGAGGAGCUGGACGCUCGAGGAAAGGGAAAGGCCGUUGUUGGCAAGUUUAUAGCGGACCUUCAGAAUCCUGACAGUGGAAGUUUCUACGGUGAUGAAUGGGGGGAAGAGGACACAAGAUUUCUAUACGCAGCUCUCAACGCCCUGUCCCUCCUCGGUCUCUUGUCGCUGGUCGACGUUGACAAAGCAGUAUCACACGUCGUAUCCUGCGCAAACUUUGACGGCGGCUAUGGAGCGAAGCCGGGCGCAGAGUCCCACUCUGCCCAGAUCUUUACUUGCGUCGCUGCUCUCGCCAUCGCAGGGCGCCUGGAUCUCGUGGACCAGGAGAAACUCGGCCGCUGGCUCAGCGAGAGGCAGCUUCCUGGCGGCGGGCUCAACGGCCGUCCUGAGAAGAAAGAAGACGUUUGCUAUAGCUGGUGGGUCUUGAGCAGUCUUCAAAUUAUCGAUCGCGUGCACUGGAUCGACCGCCAGGCCUUAAUCGACUUCAUCCUGGGCUGCCAGGAUCCCGAAAAAGGCGGCUUCUCCGACAGGCCUGGUGAUAUGGUGGACGUUUGGCACACAUGCUUUGGCAGUGCAGGGCUGAGCUUACUUGGAUACCCUGGCAUGGAGCCUGUGGAUCCGAGAUACUGUAUGCCCAAGAAGAUUGUCGCGAGAAUUCUAGGGGAGUGAGGAAGAUGAACGGCGCUGGGGUAUAAUGUCCACCCAAGAUUCUCUCUUCUUCGUGAAUUAUCUUGCCGUGUUUUGUAAAAUGUGCUCUCGCAUUACAAAAACAACGGGCGAUGCACUUGGCGAGGCAUCGAGGGGCAGCACCGUGGGGUAGAUAUGAGGCCACGAAAGGAGGAGACGCUGCUUUCUUUCCAAAGUAGCAGCUACCCGGUAAUAUCUGACAUCAGUGCCAUUCGUGUAUUGAUUAAGCUUUGCUUUUCAGUUGCCUUGGAGCGAUCAGGUGGUAUAUGGCUUUGGAUUAGUACUACCCUAGAAAUGGAUAAAUAAGAUCAGAUAUCCAAAGCAUAGGACGAGGGCUGCCCAGGGUAGAACAUCCAAUAGGCUGGCAGUUCAUCCUAAUAUACAGAAGUAUCAGAGAGC